AAUAAAUUCUCCUCACCCACCUCAGAGUCUGCGCCUCAUAAAGGCACUCUCGCAUCCAUCUUUGGUUAUUUAUUUAGGGUUAAAGAAAUAAACAAAAACAAACACAACCAAACCCAGAGCCCAUUCGAUUUGGAUCCGAUGGGUGAUAUAGUGAAACAAAUAUUGGCGAAGCCGAUCCAGCUGGCGGACCAAGUAACCAAAGCCGCCGACGAAGCCAGCUCCUUCAAGCAGGAAUGCGGCGAGCUGAAGGCGAAGACGGAGAAGCUGGCGGCGCUGCUGCGUCAGGCGGCUCGUGCGAGUUCCGAUCUCUACGAGCGUCCCACGCGCCGCAUCAUCGACGAAACAGAACACGUCCUCGACAAGGCCCUCGCCUUGGCCCUCAAGUGCCGCGGCAACGCCCUCAUGAAGCGCGUCUUCACCCUCAACCCCGGCGCCGCGUUCCGCAAGGUCUCCUUGCUCCUCGAGAACUCCAUCGGCGACGUCUCCUGGCUCCUCCGGGUCUCCGCCGGAGACGGCGGCGGAGACUACAUCGGCGGGCUCCCUCCGAUAGCGACGAACGAGCCGAUCCUCUGCUUCAUCUGGGAGCAGAUCGCCGUCCUCCACACGGGUACCUUGGAGGACCGCUCCGACGCCGCCGCGCAGCUGGUCUCCCUGGCCAGCAACAGCGACCGCUACGGGAAGCUCAUAAUCGAAGAAGGCGGGGUGGGCCCACUCCUGAAGCUUCUGAAGGAAGGAAAAGCCGAAGGGCAGGAACACGCGGCACGUGCCAUCGGGCUUCUGGGGCGUGAUCCCGAGAGCGUUGAUAACAUGAUUCACGUGGGCGCGUGUUCCGUGUUCGCGAAGAUCCUGAAAGAAAGUCCUAUGAAAGUGCAAGCUGUCGUGGCCUGGGCUGUGUCGGAACUCGCUGCCAAUUACCCUAAGUGUCAGGACCUUUUCGCCCAGCACAACAUCAUAAGGUUACUCGUCGGUCACCUUGCUUUCGAAACCGUCGAGGAACACAGUAAGUACACUAUUGUCAGCACCAAACCCACUUCCAUCCACGCCGUCGUCAUCGCCAACAACAACGUCAAGAAGGAAGAUCAUUUUCACGACAAUGAAAAGAAAGCACGAAUGCCUCAUCCCUUGGGUGAUAAUAGACCACGAAAUCUACAUAGAGUAAUCACAAGUACAAUCGCAAUGCACGCUGCCACCAAGCAAGGAAACGAACCAAAUCAUAAUCAUCAGACCAAUGGCAAUGGAGUUGAUAAUGAUGCCAAGCAAGGGAAUCAGAAUCACCAGCGAAACUAUUCACAUUCGGGGAUAAACAUGAAAGGAAGGGAUCAUGAGGAUCCUCAGACUAAGGCUAACAUGAAGGAAAUGGCAGCGAGAGCUCUCUGGCAUUUAGCCAAAGGUAACUCGCCAAUUUGUCGUAGCAUUACUGAAUCAAGAGCCCUGUUGUGUUUUUCUGUUCUUCUUGAAAAAGGAACAGAGGCUGUGCAGUACAAUUCAGCUAUGGCGGUGAUGGAGAUUACAUCAGUGGCAGAGAAAGAUGCCGAAUUAAGAAAAUCCGCGUUCAAACCCAACUCUCCUGCUUGUAAAGCCGUUGUUGAUCAAGUUGUUAAGAUAAUUGAAAAAGCGGAUUCGGAUCUUUUGAUUCCGUGCAUCAAGACGAUUGGGAAUCUGGCGAGGACCUUCAAGGCGACGGAGACGAGGAUGAUAGGGCCAUUGGUGAAGCUUCUCGACGAAAGGGAAGCGGAGGUGUCAAGGGAAGCAUCUAUUGCGCUAACGAAAUUCGCGUGCACGGAGAACUACCUUCACGUGGAUCAUUCCAAGGCCAUUAUAAGUGCCGGUGGAGCGAAGCACUUGAUUCAGCUAGUGUAUUUUGGAGAAGAGAUGGUUAAGAUUCCUGCGCUGGUUUUGCUCUCAUACACUGCAAUGCACGUGCCGGAUAGCGAGGAACUUGCUCAGGCUGAGGUGCUGGGAGUCAUUGAUUGGGCAUCCAAGCAAUCUUCCAUUGCCAACGACCCAGCAAUCGAGGCGUUGUUGUUGGAGUCCAAGAGCAGGUUGGAGCUUUACCAGUCUAGAGGUCCAAGAGGAUUCCAUAAAUUGCAUUUGCAUUUGCAUCAAUAGGAAGGAAACAAGAAUGGUACAUUGUUCUUGUCAUCAUUGUAAUUUGUAAAGGUUUUUUUUUUUUUUUUGAGUUAUUAUUCAUUUUUGUUCUAUACAAUCGAUUGAACUUGUUCAAUUCUCCAGAUGCGUUUUCAACUUGUAGAUAAUUGUUUUUCCCUCAUCCAUUUGUUCCACCUCUCCUUUCUCUCCCUCUGUUACUCUAUACUCUGCAAAGGUCAAUGUCAGGUUGAAUUGUAAGCCGAACAGACCCUGUAUGGUUGUAAGGUAUAACACCGGAGAAAUAUUAGGUUAUUAGGUGGUCCUAAA